AUGCGGCACACGGCGUCUCGCGCUGCUUUCGCAGCGGCCUUCCUGUUCGCGUCGCUUGCGACUGCGCUGCCGCACGGCGAUGAUGAAGCCAUGGACAUGGACAUGGGGAUGAGUAUGACCAGCACGGCGCCCACGGCGACCACCACUACCGCCAAGACGCCCAGCGACGUCGCGAUGAGCUACUUCGCGUACAGCAAGCACUCUGGCACCAUCAUUGCGCACAUUGCGCUCAUGGUCCUGGGCUGGUGCUUUGUUCUUCCUGCUGCUGUCAUGCUGAGCAUUGCGCGAUCGCGCUUUGCGCUUCUUUCGCAGUUCCUGUUCUUGGUGUUUAAUGCCUUCGGAUUGUUGCUGGGUCUGAUAUACAACGGCCAGACACCAGACCUGUACGAAAACAACGCGCACCACAAGAUUGGCUGGAUUGCGACGUGGGUCGUUGGCGUGCAGGCCAUCCUGGGCCUGAUCUUCGCAUACGCCGGCCGAGGCGAGUCGCACGCUGACACGUACGAACGGGCCACCUUCCUGCCUGUGGCCACCGACGAGAUGGCCCAGCACGACCACAUGUACCCUCAUCGCCCUUUGCACGAGUACCGUUGGUCUCGCGACAGCGGCCAGGGCACCGAGAGUAACUCAUCUUCCAUUCACAGCCCCGACUCUCCGUCUGCCGAAUACGACGGUUUCGAAAAGCCCGAGGACGACCUGCCAGCCAAACCCGCCGCUCCGCGCGGCUGGUUCCAUAGCACCGUUGUGGAUCGGUUUCUGUCGAAGCGCGUACCGGGAUUGGUGUCGAGUCGUGUGCUGCGCAGCUUCAACCUGGUGUACAACAUUAUUGAUCGCAUCAUCCUGCCUUUUGGUUUUGUCGCCAUUGCGACUGGUGCUGUGACCUAUGGGGGUAUCAUGCGAGACCACGAGAUCUUCAACGGAUUAGCGCACUUCAUCAAGGGUGGCAUUUUCUUCUGGUAUGGCAUCCUGACGCUCGGACGCUUUGUGGGUUGCUGGGCAGACUUUGGUUGGGCUUGGAACAAGAAGCCCCCUGCCGCAAUUGUCGGAUCGUGGAAGUCCAAGAUCCCGACGGGAGAAUUCACCGAGUCCUUUGUCAUUUGGCUGUAUGGAGCUUCGAACGUCUUCCUAGAGCACCUAGCCCGCUGGGGCCAGGCUUGGUCUCCCACCGACCUCGAGCAUGUCUCGAUCUCAGUGAUGUUCUUCGGCGGUGGCCUGUGUGGCAUGCUCUUCGAAUCCAAGCGGAUCCGUGAAUGGCUCAACAGCACCCUCCUCCAUUCGCCCAUGCACGGUAGCCGAGACGAGGCCUGGCAAGUUCCCAAAUCGCAGGGGGUCCCGCUGAACCCGAUGCCCGCUCUGAUCAUCCUGCUGCUGGGAAUGAUGAUGGGAUCGCACCACCAGGACAGCAUGACUUCGACCAUGGUGCACAAGCAGUGGGGCAACAUGCUGGUUGGCUUUGCUCUGGCCCGGGGCAUGACCUAUCUGCUGCUGUUCCUCAAGCCGCCCAGCUCAUACCUGCCUGCGCGUCCGCCUACUGAGAUCGUGGCUGCAUUCUGCCUGAUUUCUGGUGGCCUUAUCUUCAUGCUGAGUACCCGCAACGUCAUCGAGGCAAUGGAGUUCUACGAGGUGGACGCGAUGUUCACCUUCACGGUAGGCAUGGGCUUCACCGCCUUCGUCAUGGCCCUGGAAGUGUUGGUGAUUGCCCUCAAGGCCUGGGCAGUAAAGCGCGAGCAGCCCAAUGUGAGCUAUCGCUUUCCCUGA